AAAUAAGUUCAACAUUAAGUUGAGUGAUUGUUUUACACACAAUACAUGUUUUUUGAACACAAUAUAGUUUUUUUGUGUGUGUUUUGUCUAAAUAAAUAAAUAAAUAAAAAUGAGCUUGAUAAUUGGAACAGUACCUGUGCUGCACAUACUUGUGCUGAUCAUCAUCUCAACACUACUAUUAUUUGUUGUUGUUAUUCACGGAGAGAGCUUAGAUAAUGAGACCAAAGAGGAACAGACAAGGAGUACGUUAUGCGAUAUUAAGGGUGUGUCGGCACUGGGCAUGGAGUCAGGUGUUAUUCCUGAUGCUGCCAUCACCUCCAGCUCAGCCUACAAUGAGCUGAGCACCGGCUCAAAGUUGGCCAGGUUCAAUAAUGAGAAAUCGGGCGGCGCCUGGUGUCCGCACACACAGCUCAGUACCGAUAAUUCGGGUCAGGAAUGGAUCGAAGUAUACCUCCCGGACCAGCAUAUAGUGACCGGUGUGGCCACUCAAGGACGCUAUGGCAACGGUUAUGGUGUCGAGUUUGUCGAAGAGUAUUGGAUUGAAUACUCGCGAGACAAUGGGACCAAUUGGAUCAAAUGGAAAGCCACUGAUGGCCAACACCUAUUGGAGGGAAAUGUGGACACACUGUCGGUAGUGGAGCACGACUUGGAUCUACCAAUAGUUGACAUAAAUCGUAUCCGACUCUAUCCAUACUCCAAACAUUUGAGGACAGUUUGUUUGAGAUUUGAAUUGUAUGGCUGUCUAUAUGAUGGACCGGUAUCCUACUCGAUGGCACAGGGAGAAAAAACCAGUCGUUUCGGCGAUUUAAUGGACAAAACAUAUGACGGCCAUCGUAGCCAAUCUGGACAACUAAAUGACGGUUUGGGUCAACUGGUCGAUGGUAUUAAAGGACUCGAUAAUUAUAAAAUCAAUAAAGGCUUUGAAUGGAUCGGUUGGCAAAAGAGUAUCAAUAAAGACAACGUCGAGAUUGUCUUUGACUUUCCCAGUGUUCAUAACUUUACCACAACAAGCAUUAACUGUCACAACAGCUUUUCAAGAGAUGUCCGAGUCUUCUCAAGUGCACAGAUUUGGUUCAGCAUUGAUGGCAUCAAAUGGUCGACAGUUCCCAUUAAGUACACCUAUCAGGCGGACAAUACAUUGCAAAGACCUAGAGAUGUGAUAAUACAUUUGCAAUAUAGGAUCGGACGGUAUGUCAAAAUGAGUUUGACUUUUGGUGCCCAAUGGCUACACAUUAGCGAAAUAUCAUUUGAUUCGCAAUCCCUGUUCAACACGAGUGCAAACAUCAGUGAAUUGUUUGAUUUUGAGGACAACUUAGGAUUGAUCAGCAAUUUUAGUGUCAAUAAUAACUCAUUGUCUCCAAUGGCCACUCAGGACUUUGAUCAGACGACUAUGAAGUUUUCAUUACUCAUCAUUACAUUAGUGACAUUAGGAGUAGUAGUAUUGAUGGUCGUCUCAUCUUUCAUGAUGAAGGCCUAUCAGAGCAGAAAAGGUGGCGUAUUUCGAGAGAUCUCUGACACAGAUAUCGAAUCGGAGAAUCAAACGGUUAACCUGAAGGACAUUCCGAAGAUUACAAGUCCUCAGACCUUAUUGUAUUGCGAACCGAAAGAUUUGUCGCCAACUGAAGAGGAGGCCGAGUAUGCGGUGCCGGACGUGAUCUGUGCUAACGGCAAGAGUAAGACACUGUCGAUGACAUCAAACAAAACUAUUAAAACAAAUCCCAGAUAUUAUGCUUCCGCUGAGAUCAUUAAAAAACAUAAUAUAAGUGAUAAUAAUUACUCUAAACAUCAACAACAACAGCCGAUCCUUAAUCACUACGAAUCGGCCAACUAUUCCUCACAGCAGACACCGCUGUUGACCACAUUUAUGUCCAAUAAUCACGUAAGGAAUGGCUCGUCAACGACGGCGGACGCCAUCAAUCAGAUCAAGUGCUUUCAUCCGAAUGAUGUGUUUGUUUUCGAAAAGAUCGGGAAUUCCCGAUUUGGUGACGUCCUCUACGCCAAAGUGGACGGCAUUUAUCAGAACAAAGACAAUGCUAUAGUUAAGUCACUGAAUCAUUUGCAUCUCAAACAGGAGUUUAUGGAUGAGAUGCGACUAUUGUGUCAAUUAUCUCAAAAUUGUGAUAAAUUUGCCAAAAUGUUUGGCGUAUUGGAUACGAGUGACUGCUUGGCGAUGAUCUUAGAACAGGGAGAUUGCGAUCUCAACGAGUUCUUGAGGGAAUGUGAUCCAAGUGUCAUCACUUACGGAACGUUAGUAUAUAUGGCCAGUGAGAUAGCGAAAGGCUGUAAUUAUUUGGAGACAUUGGGACGAACACAUCGAGACCUAAGCGCCAGAAAUAUCAUCUUUUUUGCUAAGAAUCUGAUGGUUAAGAUAAGCGAUUCGGGAGCCUGUCGUGACAAAUACCGGGCCGACUAUGUCAACGGUAUGCCUGUCCGAUGGAUGAGUCCAGAGUCCAUUAUCGAUGGCCAGUUUACUAUCAAAUCGGAUGUCUAUAGUUUCAGUACUACACUAUGGGAGAUACUGACCUAUUGUAAAUCGCGGCCGCACUAUGAACUAUCUGACCAACAAUUGCUCACAAUUAUCAUCAACAACAGUACCGAACCAAACGAGGACAGCCUUAUACUGGCCCGUCCACAUCAUUGUCCAAAAGAGAUCUACGACCUGAUGGUCGAGUGCUGGCAUACAAAUGAGGACAGACGGCCACCUUUCCAUGAAAUAUGUCUGUUUUUACAGCGCAAGAAUCUGGGCUAUCAAAAGCCCGUUCCCGACCAUUAACAACAUCAUCACCACUGCCACCACAUCAUCACUAACCCUCAUAACCCUCAUAGCCAUCAUUGAAUUCAAUCAUCAAUAUGUGGGUUAUUUUGUUAUUAAAACUGUCGGUAAUUAUAACCAAAUUCACUAAUAACCACACAAUCUGUUGUUUGAAAUAAUUAUAUUUGU